AUGGACACUUCGUUGAGUGCUCAGGCUCACGUCAGCCCGGUCUCAGACCGCUUGAUGCAAGCGGAUAUCGAGCGUAUCUUCGCUACUUUUGGCAAAAUAGCUGAUAUAGAAUUCAAGAGAGGUACUAAUGUACACUCAGCCGUGGUGACUUAUGCGUCAAGACUAGACUGCGAACAGGCAGUUGCAAAUUUGAAUGGGUCUGAACUCCACGGAAUCACCGUGACAGUCAAACAACUUGACUUCCACAGCAGUAGUUAA